AUGGAUAAGAAAAUAGAACAGUCUAAUGAGCCUAAACAACAGACAGAAGCACAGAAGAUUUUGUCUAACGAGCUUAAACAGCAGUCUAGUAGUGUUACAGGAUGGCUGAUGCAAGGUGGUCUUUUCCGUCACACCAUCCAAGUUCCACGAAGAAACUGUUACCUGCUGCCGGAAUAUAUUAGUCCCAAAACCGCUGUGGGUCUCGGACUUAACUACUUGAUAGCACACUUGUGUUUGUUCGAAUUUGGACGCCUCAAGACUAAACAUGUCAUUUUCAUGCAAUCCAUAGGAGGUGGCGUUGGUACAGCUGUAAUUCAGCUUGCACGAACAGUUCCCCAAGUCACAAUUUUGGGGACGGCGUCAUUUUCGAAACAUGUCAAUCUGAGAUAUCUUGGCGUGAAGCGUGUAUUUCGCCACGAACAAGAUUAUGUAAGCAACAUUAUGGAAGCGUACCCAGAUGGAGUAGACCUAGUGAUAAACAGCGCCGGUGGAGCAGAUAUUACGAAGUGUUUAAGUCUGCUUAAACCGUGUGGAAGGUUGGUUACCAUUGGUACAAAUAGCUCAGCGAAGUACCCGAAAACUACCUUAUGGGGACUAAGAUCAACGUGGAAUACGAAACGAAUACCAUCUGCAGACAUAAUCGGCAGGAAUCACGCAAUAUCAGGGCUAAACGUUGGUCACUAUCUCGAAAACAACCAGAAGAAAGUGCGCUCCAUACUCGACCACGUCUUCCAGCUGCGGGCCGAGCGCACAAUAAGACCUCGUAUUCACUCCGUUUUAGAUUUCGAAAGGGUUGGCGAGGCGCUGGCGCAGCUGUGGAGGAGGGAGAACUUGGGGAAGGUGCUGCUCGUCGUUCAGCAGGACUCUCCCCAACUGAGAGUGCGAGGAGACGACGCGCUUGCAAGCGUCGCUGGGGCGGGCCGGGGCGUCGCCACGCGGUGA